UUUGUGAGGCACUUGGAUAUCAUGUUGACGGGUGUAGUUAAACUAAACAGAGCUUAUUAAAGCAGUAAAGAUGUAACAUUUAAAACCAUGUUAGCUGUCUUUGGUAUUUUAUCUUCUCCAAAGAAUUAGUCUGUUAGGAGAGAAAUUUCAGGAGCAUCCAUCAAUGGUAUAGAUCACUUGAACAUCCGACCUUACAGAGACUGCAGAUAUACUUCUGAUUAUUUUGUACAAGAUCUUCUUUGCUGAACCCAUUGUAUGCAACCCUCACUGCUCUUCAUCUUUUUUUAACUGCCUGCUGUUGUCACUGGCAACCAGAGACCCCUUCAAGCACUCGAGCUUUGUUUCCCCAUUGGGAGGACCUGCAUGACAACCUCAGUGGACACUGCUGCCAGGUAGGAGACACCCAUUGAAAAAAGAGAAGGUGCUUUCACCACAGAUGCCAGCAUUCUCCAAGGAUUAAUCCCUUCAUCCUUAAGUUGAACCAGCUCCUAUUAAUAUCAUGGGACCUGACGGUGGUUUCCUAAGCAGUGGACAACUUCAUGUCAUUGUGUGGGGAAGUUUGGCAGCUGUGACAACACUCUUAUUCCUUACUUUCCUUAUCUUUCUGUGCUCCAGCUGUGACAGGGAAAAGAGGCCAAAACAUCAGAAUGGGGACCAUGAAAAUCUGAUGAAUGUGCCUUCAGAUAAGGAGAUGUUCAGCCAUUCCAUCACAAGUCUGGCUAUAGAUCCUCUUGUCAGCAGUGACCAGAAUGGGGGACUGAGUAAUGGGGAUGUUCUCUCAGAAGACAGCACAACUGCCUGCAUCCAGCCUUAUGAAGAAGUGCAAACUUCUGUUUCUGAUCUGUUAGACCAUCAGGACACUCUGGGAAAGUCGAUAAAAUGUCACCAGAGCCGGGAGCUUCCCAGAAUUCCUCCUAAUGAUGCCAUGGAAACCAUCCUCUCCCCAAGAAAUAUUGAAAACGAUCAGGGUCUUGGAAUGGAAGGGCCUUAUGAGGUCUUGAAAGAUAGCUCCUCCCAAGAAAACAUAGUUGAAGACUGCUUGUAUGAAACUGUGAAGGAAAUUAAGGACGUAGGAGUAGCAGCCAACACUGAGAGAAGCUGUGGGAGCAAACCAAAGUCUACACCGACAGUUGCCGAAGGUCUGGACCAGAUUCCUGAGCACAGGAUUGAAUCAGCAGAAUAUGCCUCCGUUGACAGAAAUAAAAAAAGUCGGCAAAGUACUAAUUCAGAGAGUCCUCUUGGCAACACUCCAGACAUGGAAGAUGAGGCUCCACCUCCUGUACCUAUGAAAUUUCUUGAUGAAAAUGAGAAUGUUCAGGAAAAAGGAGCAGAGGAGGAAGAAGAGGUGACUGAGGGGGCUGGUGAACCUGAUAAGAGGCUAAGUUCACUGUCUUACAAGUCUCGAGAGGAAGACCCGUCUCUGACAGAAGAUGAUAUUUCAGCUAUGUACUCUUCUGUGAGUAAACCAGGACAGGCCAUCAGAAUGCUGGAUUCUACUUACACUAGUAUUCAAGAAGUUGUACCUCAAAGGUCCCCAUCUAUUUGCAGUGGCCUCUAUGCUAGCGUAAAGGACUUGGAAAACACCUCAGACAUUACCACUGUGCCUCAGUCAGCGGACAGGCCAAAUGGGGAGUCAGAACCAGACUACGAAGUUGUCCAGUCAGCAAGCGAAGAGGAAGACAAGACCUUAUCAGUGCCUAACACCAGCCUAGCUGUUCUCCAAGGAGAGAAUGACUAUGAGAGUAUAGGGGACUUGCAGCAAAACUCUAGGGAUCUCACCAGACUUUAAUUGCCCUGGCAACAAGAUUACGGCAGGUAUUAUCAACAGGUAUUUUCCACAGAUUCAUGUGAAACAAGAACAGGAAUAUUUUUCCUUUUGAACAACACAAAGUCAAAGUAUAAGUACAGAACAAAAGUUAAAGACAAAGAAGCAAAGCAUUUUUCAUUCAGGCUGCACUAUCUUGCUGGUGGUGUGAACCUCACUAGAACAAUUACAUCAGUUCAGAAUUGAUAUCAAAAGGGUUUAAAGGAUCCUUUAUUACUAGAGUUUCAAGACAACCAGUAUUUGGGAAAGAGUACCACAUUUGUCACCUCAAAGUGAUCACUGCUGAAAAAUACUGUCAUUAAAGAAAACCAGCUUUACAUUUUAAAAUAUUAUUCUUGUCAUAAACUUCAAAAUAUUU